ACAGCCACUAGCUACAUCAUUUUAUUUGUUGAGUUCUCAACUUUUAUCUCCAUUCUCAUUUCUUCUCCAGAAUAUUUUCUUCCAUUUUUUUGAAUCACAGCUCACUAGAGCUAGAAUUUAUUCAGUUACAUUGUUGAAAAUUGCCUGUGCACAUGGAUUCUCUUGGUGGGAAUUUAUUCUUUUUCAUCGCGGUUAUUUUGUUUAUAAAUCGAGGCAAUGUGGAAGGGAGGUAUCAUUUUCACAAGAAUCAGGCUAAGUCCCCUGGUUAUGCUCCCAGUGAUUCACCUCUUUUUGCUCCUUCAUAUCCUCCACCAGUUUCUUCAGAACCUAUCAAUAGCCCUCCUCCUAACGACUCUGAGAAUUCCACGUCGAACUGUGUAUUCGAUGUGAUGUCUUUCGGGGCAGUGGGAGAUGGUACAGCUGAUGAUACUGCUGCCUUUGUGUCUGCUUGGAAGACAGCUUGUGCUGUAGAAUCAGCUGUCAUAUUUGUUCCUUCAGGUUACACAUUCAUGAUCACUUCAACCGUUUUUUACGGUCCAUGUAAACCAGGCCUUGUAUUUCAGGUGGAUGGAGUGCUAAUGCCACCUGAUGGCCCGGAUUGCUGGCCGAAAAAGGACAGCAUCAGGCAGUGGAUUGUAUUUUAUAGAUUGGAUGACUUGACUUUCACCGGAAUUGGCACCAUUGAAGGGAAUGGUGAGAAAUGGUGGGAUCUUCCAUGCAAACCGCACAAGGGUCCCAAUGGGUCUACUUUGCCUGGACCAUGUGACAGCCCUGCGUUAAUCAGAUUCUUCAUGAGCUCAAACUUGGUAGUCAGUGGAUUAAGAAUACGAAACAGUCCUAUGUUCCACAUGAAAUUUGAUGGCUGUGAAGGAGUUCUGAUAGAAAAGUUGUCUAUCUCUUCGCCAAAGUUUAGUCCAAACACGGAUGGGAUCCACAUCGAGAACACAAAAUCUGUGGCCAUAUAUGACUCCGUGAUUGCAAAUGGUGAUGAUUGUAUCUCAAUCGGACCUGGCUGUGCAGAUGUUAAGAUAGAUGGUGUCACUUGUGGCCCUAGUCAUGGAAUCAGUAUCGGAAGCCUAGGGGUGCACAACUCUCAAGCAUGUGUCUCGAACAUCACAGUGACAAACGCAUUAAUCAAGAAUUCAGAUAAUGGUGUGAGGAUCAAGACGUGGCAAGGCGGGGCAGGAUCAGUGACAGGCAUUUCAUUCGAGAACAUUCAAAUGAACAAUGUCAGAAACGUUGUCAUAAUCGACCAAUACUACUGCGCAUCAAAGGCCUGCCUUAACCAGACUUCCGCGGUUUAUGUCAGAGACAUAUCAUUCAAGAACAUAAAAGGCACGUACGAUGUCCGAAGCCCUCCCAUUCACUUCGCGUGCAGUGACUCUGUUGCCUGCACGAAUAUAACGAUGUCAGAAGUCGAGCUCUUCCCAGAAGAUGGAGUAUUGUUGGAUGAUCCGUUUUGUUGGAAUGCUUACGGGGUUCAAGAAACGUUAACAAUUCCUCCGAUUGAUUGUUUAUUAGAAGGUGAACCGGAGGCCAUAGUGGAGCGCAUCAACUUUGAAUGUAGUUAAGAUACAAUAAUAGUACAAUGUAUAUGAAACUAUGAAUUGAUCCUGCAAAUAUACAAUUUAUAGAUGAUAUAGAGAAUCGCCUUGUUUGAUCCCUUUGGGGCUUGUUUCCCUAAA